AUGCAUGUGUAGGUUUUCUCCAGGUGCUCUAGGUUCCUCCAACAGGCCAAGAGCACGAUACCCAUAGCUGUAAGUGCUUUUGGAUAAAGGUAUCGGCUAAAUAAAGGUAAACAUCCCUCCUUCACCACUCAGGUCUCUCAUUAGUCAGUACAACACCAGUUUUUGUGGUUCUGAUGGAGGAGUGGUCUGAUCUGAUGCUGGGGCCCAGCUCCUCCUCACAACUGCUUAUAUAACCUGAACACAGCAGAAUAAAACUCAGAGCCUCAAACAAAAUGCUCAUCAUCACACUGGCUCUUGGAGUUUGGCUUCUCCCAAAAGCCCACAGCCUGAAAUGUUAUGAGUGCACAUCCGGCAGCAAUGGAACUUGUCCUGCUGCACCCAAAGACUGUCCCUCUCAGGUUCAGCAGUGUGGUAUAACAACAAUCACUACAUUCACAGGUGGUUCAAAGGAUCAAGUUAUUACAGCUAAGAAGUGCUCUGCAGCUACGGAGUGCGUUGGAGGCUCCGUCAACUUUGGAUCAGCAAAAACUGUGAUACUAAGCCAGUGCUGCACUUUAGACCUCUGCAACACCAAAGUCUCUGAGCCCAAAUUAAUUCCAAAUGGCAACAAGUGCUACAGCUGCGAAGGACAAGAGUGCACCCGGACUCUAAACUGUGAAGGAGAAGAGGACCACUGCAUCAAAGCAAGGGUGACCGUUGACGGGCAAAGCAAGAUCAUGAAGGGCUGCGCCUCCAAGACAAUGUGCUUGCAGAGCUCUGCACAGUUUAAACAAUAUGUUGGCCCUGAAAGCACCUGCUGCCAGGGGGACUACUGCAACAGCGCCAGCCGCUCAACUGCUGGCCUGCUGCUGUGGUUGGUGUCACUGAUGUCUGCAAGCUUCUUUUAUUAGAUGAGAGCAGCAGUAUCACUAUUCAUAAUGUCCUAAACUAAAUCUCCUAUGUGUUUUUCUCCGUUGAAAGAAUUGUAGUUUGUAAUUAAGAAAUGUGUUUCUUUUCCCACCCAGAUUGCUUCCUGAAUGGCCUCUGUUUGGAGAAAUUGAGUUCAUGUCCUACACGAUUGAUAGGUUAACGGCUAGGCUGAGAGCAGCCAAGAUCAAACUAGAUUACAGCUAGGAGGAGCAGCAUUUAUAGCAGUUAAUCAAGAUUAUUUUAUAAAUCGAUUCAGUAUUUUGUGGUAACUUUAGAAGAGAUAUUAUGAAACGUCUUAAUUGCAGACUUGACUGCCGGAUAAAUUAGUGCUCCUUUUUUGUUGGUAAUUUUAAUGCUUGUAAACAGAAUUCCUCUUAAGAAAACUGCAAAACUGAUGUUUGACUAAAAAUAUCUAAAAAUAAUAAUAAAACAUUUCCAGUCAGUUGGAGCUGUUUAAUAACAAAAUUGUUAUGCUUUUGUUGCUCUCGCACUAGCUGUUAGCUCAUCAAUCCUCGAAGACAAAUACACACUCUAAUUAGAGGCCACUUAGGAAGCUUUCGGUGUACAAAAGUGUUUCUUUGUGUCUUUUACAGAAAUACUUUGCAAGAUGGCAGAAAAUCUAUUUUAUAGACAUUAAAAAAGUUUUAAGUUAUUUUUUUAUCAACAUCACAAACAAAACACAAAUGUCCUUUAUAUUCUAACAUUCUGCAUUUAGCAUGCUGACUCACAUAUUUUGAUACUUAUUUAUAUAAAUGUUGAAGAUGAUUAAAAAGAAUAAACUGGCCCAUGCCACUCGCUCAUACGGCUUAUCAAUGGGGUCACAGGGAGUAGCUCCCUGUUUCCAGCAGUCAUUAGGCAAGUGGUGGAGACGACACCUUGGACACUGGGACAACCAGUCCCACGCUCACUCACACCUGUGUAGAAUCGCCAAUUAAGUGGAGAGAGAGCAGAAAAUCUGGAGAAAACCCAUGCACGCCUGGGGAGAAUGUGCACACAGAAAGGCUGCAGCUUUGAGUGGAACUUGCAGCCUUCAUGCUACAAGGCAACAGUCCUACCAACUGUGCCAGCUUGCAGCUCGUGGCACUUAACAGACAUACAGUAUGUCACAAAAGGGAGUACACUCUUUGCAUUUUUGUAAAUAUUUUACUAAAUGUCUUAAUGGGACAAGACUGAAGAUAUGCCACUUUAAUACAAAGUAAAGCAGUCAGCUGAUAUAACAGUGUAGAUCUGCUCAAUUCACUCAAAACAGGCUUUCCAGGAGAUGGCAGUGUAGUUCAGCAUUCUGACACAGGUGCGUGAAGCACUGGUCUCCUGAAGGGUUUUUACCAUGUUUAUUAGAAAAAGUUGCUGAAAACACAGGAUGCGAUUUGGGCAGACACUUUCAGUUUAACCAGGCUCCAUGUCAGCAGAAACCGUUAUAUUCUUUAGUUUAUCUUCAAAGCUGAACUGAAAAUCACAACAUUUGAUUUCAUUAAACUACAUGAUGGAUUUUAGAAAUGUAUUCUGGACCCCAAAUAAAUAUGAACAGCUGUUGUUAUUUUCCCCUG